UGUUCUGCUCCUGAGGAGGAGGUGAACACCUUUGAGGAUGAGUGCAGGAAUAGACUUACGUGGGGAGUGAGGAGUGUUCAGUCAGAAAAUACACAUUUUCAUUAGAGUCAUGGAGGCAAAAUGGAGCAGAAAAGAGUAGAACCAACUCAUGGUACUUGAGAAGCAUGGCAAGAAGUGGUUCUCAUAUCACUUGUCUCAUAUCUUUGGACUUAGUGAUAAUCCCCCAACUCAGAAGAAAUGAAUAAACAGAAGACCCAAAAGAGGACUGAGAUGAGGCUAGAUAGAGAAAAUAAUAACGAAUUGUCCAAAGCAAAAAAAAAAAAAAAAAAAAAAAAAAACCUUUCUUUCUGCUUUCCACUUAAUUACUAACAGUUGUGUCCAUCUUUCCAUUUCCAGAAGGAUCCUAGAUGGAAACACCAAUGACACCAGCCCAGAUGGCUUCAUCCUUUUGGGCUUCUCAGAUAAACCCAGGCUGGAAAUGGCCCUCUUUGUGGUGGUCUCUGUCUUCUACAUGGUCACACUAAUGGGCAACCUCACCAUCAUCCUCCUAUCCCACCUAGACCCCCAGCUCCACACCCCCAUGUACUUCUUCCUCACCCAGCUCUCCAUCCUGGACCUCUGCUUCACCACCAGCUGCAUCCCCCAGAUGCUGGUGAACCUGUGGGGCCCCGACAAGACCAUCAGCUACCUGGGGUGUGCAAUGCAGCUCUACAUCUUCCUGGGCCUGGGAGCUGCUGAGUGCGUGCUGCUGCUGGUCAUGGCCUUUGACCGCUAUGUGGCCGUGUGCAGACCCCUGCACUAUGCUGUCAUCGUGCACCCAAAGCUGUGUCACAGGCUGGCGUUCCUGGUCUGGGUGAGUGGGGUGUUUGGUACUUUGGUGCAGUCCCCCUCCACCAUGAAGCUGCCCUUCUGCAGCCACCACCGGGUGGAUGACUUUGUCUGUGAGGUCCCAGCUCUGAUCCGCCUGGCCUGUGGGGACACACAUGUCAACGAGCUUCAGAUAUCUGUGAUAGGUGCUGUCUUCCUGAUGGGACCACUCCUGCUGAUCCUCGUCUCUUAUGGACAGAUCACCUGGGCGGUGCUGGCCAUCCAGUCCCAGGAGGGCAGGAGCAAGGCCUUCCGCACCUGUUCUUCCCACCUGGCCGUUGUCUUCCUCUUCUACUGCAGUGUCACUGCUGUGUAUAUCCGGCCUCGGAGCCAAUUUUCCGAGAAGGCAGGGAAGUUUCUGACACUCUUCUACACUGUGGUGACCCCCACUCUCAAUCCCCUCAUCUACACCUUGAGGAACAAGGACGUGAAAGGAGCUCUCAAGAGAUUGUUUGGGAAAGACACAAAGACGGGUGUGGAGUGA